UGUAAUUCAACCGUAUACAUUUUUUAUUUAUAUAGUAAAAAGUUAAGAAAGCUCCAAUAUGUCGGAUGGUAGACAGCGACUUUCGGGUGCAGAAUAUAGGAAGAGAAAACGUGAAAAAGAAGCUGUAAUUAAAAAACAGUCUAAUUCUAUCAAAAAAUUUUUAAUGGAUUCUUCCUCUUCAUUAGAUAUUUCAAAUGCUGUAGUUAUACAACCUAGUGAAGUUUUUGACUCUUUCUCAGUUAUAGAUGCCACUGUACCUUCUGAAACUACAGUAGCCAAAAAUAUAACAGACAAUGUUGUAAUGCAACCCAGUGAGGUUUUUGACUCUUUAUCAGUUGAAGGUGUCACUGUACCUUCUGAAACUACAGUAGCCAAAAGUUUAACAGAAAAUGUCAAUAAAAAUUCUUUUAAUUCUUUAAUUAAUAUCAGUACAGACCCUGCUGAAUGGCCUUUAAUUAUUAAUAACGACUUUAAAACAUUGUUGGUUGAAAAAGGCCCUCCUGCUCCGUUAAAUGCAAAUUUUGUAUUUCCUUCAGAUGAUCAAGGACGAAAAUUCACACAAUUUCAUUACAAACGAAGUAUGAGUAAUGGAGAAAAUGUCACAAGGACAUGGCUUGUAUACUCUAUUUCUAAUGACGUAAUAUUUUGUUUUUGCUGUAAACUAUUUGAUAAUUCAAACUCUAAGUUGGCUUUAGAAGGAUAUAAUGACUGGAGGCAUUGUACACAAAUGCUAAAAGGACAUGAAACAUCAAAAAAUCAUUUGACUGCAUAUAGUACAUGGUUAGAAUUGUCAUUGAGGUUAAAAAAAACAAAAACGAUUGAUGACGUAAACCAACGUAUUUUAGAAUCUGAGUGUAAGCAUUGGAAUGAAGUUUUACAACGUAUCAUGUCGGUAGUACAAUUUCUUGGUCAUCAAAAUUUAGCUUUUCGUGGAUCAUCUGAUCAGUUAUUCAAACAUAAUAAUGGAAAUUUUCUAAAAUUAAUUGAACUUAUGGCUAAGUAUGAUUCUGUGAUGGCUGAACAUGUAAGAAGAAUAAUUAAUAGUAAAAAAAAUAUAUGCCAUUAUUUAGGAAAAGAUAUUCAAAAUGAGAUGAUUGAUUUAUUAGCUCAGUCUAUUAAGUCUCGCAUAGUUACUAUGGUUAGCGAAGCGAGGUAUUAUAGUAUUAUACUAGAUUGUACUCCUGAUAUAAGUCACUCGGAGCUCAUGACUAUAAUUAUUCGUUUUGUGUCGAUUGAAGAUUCAAAAGUUACCAUACGUGAACAUUUUCUUGGUUUUAUUUCAGUUGAAAGUAGUACUGGAGAAAAUCUAUGUGAUGUACUUUUAAACAUAUUACGUGAGCUGAAUAUACCUUUGAGUAAUAUGCGAGGACAAGGAUAUGACAAUGGAGCCAAUAUGAAAGGUGUGCACUCCGGAGUUCAACGGCAUAUUCGAAAUAUUAAUCCACGUGCAUUUUUUGUUCCUUGUAGUGCGCAUUCAUUAAAUCUUGUUGUAAAUGAUGCCGCAAAAUCUUCAAAAGAAGCUGUAGCGUUUUUCGAUAUAAUUCAAAAAGUAUUCAACUUUUUUUCUGCCUCAACUAUUCGUUGGCAAAUUCUUUUAAAACAUGUUAAAGAACUAACACUCAAACCAUUAAGUCAAACCAGGUGGGAAAGUCGAAUAGACGCACUUAAACCGUUUCGAAAUUACAUAGGUGAAAUUUAUGAUGCUUUGUUUGAAAUAUCAGAAAAUAUAAAUUUAGAUCCAAUGGUUAAACAUGAAGAUGAAUGUUUAUGUAAUCUUAUUAAAACAUUUAAAUUUAUUUGUUCUGUUGUCAUUUGGUACGACAUACUUAAUCAUAUAAAUCCAAUCAGUAAAUUAAUGCAAAAACCUAAUUUUGACAUAUCUUUAGCUUUGGGCAUUUUAGAAACUUUAUUGAAACAUUUAAAUGAACUGAGAUCUGAAGAAUCUUUUGAAAAAAUGAUUAUAGAUUCAACAGUACUUGCAACGGAAAUGGGAGUAGAGUCUCUUUUUGAAAACUCACGGGGUAGAAUUAAACCACGACGUACUCGUAAACACUUUGAUUAUGAACACAACGAUGAACCAGUUAUUGACCCAAAACAGCAAUUCAAAAUACAUUUUUAUUAUUUUACACUUGAUGUAGCAAUAAAUAGUGUGAAUGAUAGAUUUGAACAACUAAAAGAACAUAAUAACAAUUUUUCGUUUCUUUACAAUAUGAAAAAACUAAAAAAUCUUACACAUGAAGAACUAUUAAAACAUUGCAAAGACUUACAAAUUCUUCUUACCGAUGAUGAUUCAACAGAUAUCAAUGGAAUUGAAAUGGCCCAUGAAUUAAAAUCAGUAUCAGCUAUGGUUGAUGAUAACUUAACACCUUAUGAACUCUUAACAUUUGUGAUAAAUGCAGGUGAUUUUGCACCAAACCUAUCCAUUGCCUUACGAAUUUUGCUAACAUUACCAGUAUCAGUGGCAACUGGUGAAAGAAGUUUUUCGAAAUUGAAACUUACCAAAACAUACUUACGCUCAACAAUGAAAAACGAACGACUUUGUGGUCUAGCUAUGAUCUCAAUUGAACACGAAAUUGGUCAAGAAUUAACAGAGAAAAAUUUAGUCGACGAUUUUGCAAAGUUAAAAGCCAGAAAACAUUUAUGA